AUGGCUAAUUUCCCUUUAAUAAUGAUUAUUUUAAGCUUUGGCUCUUCCUUUAUUUACUACGAUACUGGAAUGACUUAUGACUUUGAUUAUGAUUAUGAUUCUGAUUUUGAUUGCAGAAAUGGUUAUUCUAAAAUAGUAACAACGACAUUCUCAGAUGAAUUUGAGUAAAUUCCUCAAGUAUUUUUUACUAAUGAAAAAUUUGAUUAAGACACAGCCGAAGUGGAGUUUAAUCUUGAAAUAACAACCAUUACUAAAACAUCAUUUACAUUAUAAAUUAGUUGUAGUGUGAAUAGAGUAUAUAGACUGAAUUUAAAAUGGUUUGCAAUUGAUGAUUAGCGUAUUGAAGUGUUAAGUAACUUCAAUAUGGAGAAUCCAGAUGAUAAAACUUUUUAAAUUAAAAAUCCAAAUGCUUAAACUGGAUUUGUAAUAAUCACAAGUUUUUCUUAUACAGGACCAAUUGAUUUUCUAUUAUCGAUAAGCUAAAUAACAACUAAUUCAGUAACUGUCAGCAUUACUAAAGUAGAAGGAAAGUUCACAAAUCUUCGCAAGAUUGGAUAUUUUGUAGUUGUAGGAAUUGAAGAAGCAUUCAUUAAUUUAGGAUUAUAGACUACAACUGAAUGUUUCAGUAGUGGUGAUCUUGCAAUACAACCGAAUAGAUGGUUUGCAAUAUCAUUGUAAGGAUUGAAUUAUCCAAAUGAUAAUAAUUUAAGAAUAAAAGCAAUACAUAGUGACACACCAACAACGAUAUCAUAUACUUGGGGCACCUGGGAUUAAUCUGAAACUCCAAAUAGUCAUUCUCAGAUUUGGAUUGCUUAUUAAUUUACAAAGAUAUUUAAACCUUUAGAAUGUUUUUCAAUAAGAACCAGUAGAAAAUAAGUUAAGGAUUUAACAAUAUUUCCUACAUUCUAUUUAGAAUUCGUUUAAUCUAAUUAAAUUUACACUACAGAUGGAGAUUAUGAAUAUUACGUCGAUAUAUCAAAUGCACCAUUUAAAAUGGGUAUUUAAAUUACAUGUGAAAAUGGAAAGAAAAUCAAAGCAGAUUUCAAUAAAUGCAAUUCUUGUAGCUAUUAAAAUACUCACUCUUAUACCUAUAAUUGCUUUAAUUAAAUGAAUUAUAUUGGCUUCUUUCCUGUGUUUUAAUAAGCAUUUCCAUAAUAUAAUCAUUUAAAAAUUAAUAUGCAAUCAUCAUCACUUGAAAUUAUAAAUGUCGUUUACGAUUAAGUCAUUACAGAAAAAACUAUAGUGAAUAUUUAAAUAUUAGAUCAAUGA